AAGAAUGAAAAAAGAAGAGAUUUUAUGCCCGUGCAUAACCCCUAAUGUUAAAGCAAUUAUGCUGUAAGUAAAAAAAAUCUGAAUUAAUGGCAUGGAUUUGACAUCCUGAGCGGUCCUGGCCAUAUGCAGACACAGAAGAGCCAAGAUUCUGUAUGCGUGUGAUCAGUACAAAUGCAUACUCCUUGGAUAACUGGUCUUAGUUCUGACAAGCUGGUAAGCACAAAAGCUUUAGAAACUGCACAUUACUAUUUUUGUGUAUAACUGUGUAUGGUGGGUAGGUGUAUGUUCCGAGGAAGUUGCUUCACCUCCGAUAAUGUGACAAGUCCAACAUGCAGGAAAUUUUGCUGUACUUCCCUUUGGAGUAACCAAAAGUGCAGUGGCCAAAACUGCACCAUCCCUACUGCAGGAAUUAGCACCACGCCAAUCCAGGCAGCACGACCUGAAAAAACACAGGAGCCAAAGCACUGGAGACUCCACUUUGGGGGAGAAAACUGAAAUCCAGCCUACUGCUCCAAACCAAGAGCUGAUCUACACUACUCCUAGGUAAACACAACCCAUGGCUAACCCUUUACACCAACACAGCAUCUGAUGAUUACUGGUGUGAUUUUUUUAAGAAAAGUCAUUUCAGGACCAAAUCUGUCAAGCUGGAGCUUAACGUUUCUCUGCCCUAACCAGAGGAGCGUUAGCUGUGGGUAGGCCCCAACCAGCGGCACAGAGACGACCCUGGAGACCCGCCGCCCCUCUCCCCUGCUCACCGCGGCGUUCCGCAACACGCCAGCAUGGGGACUAAGGGGUGACCGGCCCCUUCCCCCUCCCGAGGAAGCCGCACCGGCCUCCCUGGGGUUGCCAAACCGCCUGGCAGCGCGCUCAGGCCCGGCAAGGCCCGAGGCUGAUGCGGAUGGGGGAUGCCGGCUGCCGGGCCUGGCUCUCCUCUCCCCACAGGCCGGGCGGCUCCCCGCCCCACGCCCCGGGCAGCGCGGGCGCCAUAAGCGCUCCGUGACGGCUGCCCGUUCGCCAGCGGGGCCGAGCAGGGCCGGCCGGGCGGGCUCCCCGCCCCAUCGCGGGUUCCCCAUUCCGGGUUGCCGCGGGUGCGCAGCGCAGCAGGAUGGCACCCACGAUGCUGGAGCUGGCCCACUGGAGCACCUGGGCGGUGUGCGCGGUGAUCAAGCUGCCGCAGCUGGCGGCGGUGGUGGCGGCCAGGUCCGCGCGGGGGGUCAGCGUGGGCAGCCUGCUGCUGGAGCUGGCCGGCUUCCUUGUGUUUCUGAGGUACCAGCUCUAUUACGGUUACCCUCUGCAGACAUACCUGGAAUAUCCCAUCAUCAUUGCACAAGAUGUCAUUCUCCUUUUGUUUAUUCUGCGUUUCAGUGGAAACACAAAACGAGCUUUGUUCUAUGCAGUCACAUUUUGGGGGGGCUGGUACAUGCUAACACUGCGGAAGUGGAUAAUAGACUUGGCCAUGAAUUUAUGCACCCUCAUCAGUGCAGCCAGUAAGCUGGCUCAGCUGCGGUGUCUCUGGCAGACAAAAGAUUCUGGACAAGUGAGCGCCUUGACCUGGAGUAUGUCUGCAUAUACCUGCGCAACAAGAAUACUUACAACUGUAAUGACUACAAAUGAUCUCGCAGUUCUCAUCCGUUUCAUAACCAUGCUCAUUCUCAAUAUUUGGGUCACAGCCACAGUCCUGCACUACAGGAAAGCUAAAAAGACUGAUUAGAAGACACUCCUCAGCACACACCACGGUUACCAGCAAAAAAACCUGACACAACUAAGCUUAAACAACAGACCAAAGGUUGCAGAAGCGCUCUCUCUCUUAAGCCUAGUAUUUAUCCCUAAGCAUACUUAGUACAGUCAUGCUUAUUUUCUCUCAGAAAUAAUUCUGAUAAGAUACUUCAUUUAAGCAGCAUAUUUUUAUUGGUCAUUUAAGACAAGUUUCACUGAUCUCACAUUUUCUCUGGCUUUUUUUUACCAAAUGAAAAAGGUAUUUUCUAUUUAGAUGUUUAUAUAUUCUCAUAUCACUUCAGUACUUUCUGGUUACAUAUAAGCAAUUUUCUUCAAUUAUACAAGAGCAAUUUUGCACUAACAUAUCAACUCAUCUUUCUGCGUCUGCUGCGAGUUUGAAAAACAACAGAUGUUUGUUGUUUUCUUGCAAACAACUCAAUUAGUUCGACAUGAACUAUCUGUAUUUUAGGAUGAAGAAAAUCUGAGUCAAGGCCUGAUCCAAAAUAAAGUUCUAAGUCACAAAUCCAGUUGGGAUUGUAGCGCUUACAUGCAACACUGAAACAGUACAAUUUAUACAACUGAUACAGGAUACCCAUGGUCACUUUCUUCAAUACACCCGGUUUUUAGUAGGAUAAGAGCAAAAACUCAACUAUGAAUUCUUCUUUUUCAACUUAAGCUCUCAUUCACUAAACAUACUCUUUUGGCAACAGCAGAGAUUAGAGUGCACAGAAAUGAAUGAAACUUUGACCAACAGAUUUGGUCAACGUAAAGACUUCAGUUUUUACUUGUGAGAUGCUAACCAGUCUGUAGGAGGUUUACUAAAAAAGGGAAAAGUAUAUUCUUGAGAACCAUUAACAAGGCAUUUUGCUUUUGGAAGUAAGGCCUUUCCAAGCAAAAGUUACGGAAGUAAUCAUACAGCUUGCUUUCAUUUCUCAUUACGCUGUUUCAGAAGAGCUCUUACAGUAUGACUGUUGAUUGGCAUGUUAAAACCAAGGCGCCCUUGGUCGUGAGGCCAAGGCCAACUGCGGGAAGACUGCUUUGACUACUUUGGAGGCAGGUUUUCCUCGCAACACACUAAAUCAUUGGACUCUUGUGGAAGAACGGUAUCUGCAAAAGCAGAUGUCUCCGCCAGCGUCCCCUCAGCAAUCAGACUGAUUCACUGUCAGAAAACGUAGCUGCUUCGAAAACUCUGGGUUUAGAGGGGAAGGGGAGGGAAGAAGUAUGUCUGUGGACAUACAGUUUCAGGUAUCUCACAUUGCUGAGAGCAAGUUCAAAGAUGAGGAUUUUUUACUGCUCCAGUAAAACAUAGAUGUUUCUGAGUUCGUUGACAGAGUAACUGUAAACAUCCUGUUACUGAUUUUACUAAAGCUGUGUAAAAUAUCAUCUGGUCUAAAUGGUGGCAGGUGGUGUGUGAUACAUUUUCCAGGUCAUAUUAAUAAAUGCUGUCCUUCGUGGUUGA